AUGCCUCAUGGGACUCAAAUAGGUAGUAGUUGUGCGCAAUCAAAUGAUAAAGAACGUGAAACACCACAAUUUUGCACUCAAUAUAGCUUGGAAACUAUUAACCUUGGUGAAGAAGUUGCAUCCGUGUUGGUUGUGAAUACGCAUAAACAAAGGUUCCAACAAAAAGAUGAUGAAGUUCUCAUUCAAUCAUGGCUCAACGUUUCAAAGGAUUCAAUUGUUAAGGUUGAUAAAGAAGGAGAUGGUUUUUGGAAGAGGAUCGGUGAAGCUUACAACAAGCAUCGUGACAUCAAUUGCAAUGAGAGAAAACCGACGCAACUAAAAGGUCAAUGGCACAAAAUUAAUCCAUUUGUUUAG